AUGCCAAUCAAACAGACCUCGAUCCCCUUGCCAAAGCACUGGCCCAAAGACAUCAUCUAUAUCGACACACUCCACAUCUCAUCUCCUCUCUCCCGAGGACUCCUUCACUCAACCGGACUCUCUCCUGCUUCCGUUUCACUCCCCGUUAUUCCUCCCCCUUCACCCCCCUCCCCAUCUCCUCUCGUACAAAUAAAACCCAUCAACGACCCGUCUCACCCAGCCUACACCCAAUACGGUCUCUUUGCCGCGCGCGCUCUGGCCCCAUCUUCAUUUAUAAUCCUCUACUUAGGCACGCUUCACUCGUCCACCACCACGAACCCAACGUCAAACUACGACCUCAGCCUCGACCGGGAGCUUGAUCUGUCGAUCGACGCAUCGAAAUGCGGCAAUGAGGCGCGCUUCAUCAACGACUACCGCGGCAUUCGCUCCGAGGGUCCCAAUGCCGAGUUCAAGGACUGUUUGCUCGAGGUCGUCAAGGGGAAGAAGUGGGAGAGAAGGAUCGGCGUGUUCGUGCUGAGUCAGGGGAGGGCCAGGAAGGAUGGAGGGAAGAGGGCGAGAGGGAUCGCAAAGGGGGAGGAGAUUGUGGUUAGCUACGGGAAGGGCUUUUGGAAGGCAAGGCUUGAUGAGGAAACGAGUCAAUUGGCAUCGAACGACGAUGGGAAGGAGGAUGAGGAUGCCUGA